AUGUCGAAGGAGAGCCGCGACCCGUUGAGGGCGCGCAGCGAAGAGGGUGGCGGUGGUGGAGUCCGUGGCGUGAGGGCCCCAUCAGACAGAGGUGGUGGUAUCGGGGAGGAGCGCGCGGCCGUCGGUCCAUGCGGUGCUGCCGGAGCGGGUGAUGGUGUCCUGGAGGACGCUGAGGGGGGAGAGCUCGAUGAGGGAACCAUCGUCGGCGAACGCGGUCCGCUUGACAUGGUGGAAGAGGACGGAGGCCCGGUUGACGUACCUCGAGGCGCGCAUGGGCACCCUGAGGAGUCCGCCGAGCGCAGUCUGGAGGGCUGCGGCCUGGGCGUCCCAGUCCGCAGGCGUGUCACGGGGGGCGGCCGCGGGGACGACCGUCCACCGCGUGCGCGCGGCGUUGGAGUUGAGCCGGUCAAUGUUGAAAUUGACCACCUUGCGGAGUGCCUCGAGGCACUUGGCGUCGCUCACCUCCAGGGGGUGUCGGGAGGGGUUGGGGCGGGCGGCGUGGAGUGGUGGAGCGCAGCCAGGGUGGCUUGGAGCGCCGUCGGUGCGGCCUUGGCCGGGGCGACGGGAGUAGAGGCGGGGGGGGGGGGGGGGGGCAGGGGCCGUGGGAGUGGCGGCUGCCGCAGGGCGCCCGACGAAGCCCUUGCGGGCCGCGCCGGUUACCCCCUUCCCCUUCCCCUUAGCGCCGGUGCAUGCAACCGUCACCCAGGUGGGCUCGGGAACGCUAGCCAGGGCCGCGGGGCCGGGGGCAGGUUGGGUCGGAGCCCCGAAGGGCCUGGCUGGAAGGGCCGCGACACCGGUGGGUGCAGCAGGCGUGAGAGCGGGGGGCACAGGGCCAGCCACGGGGGCAGCCUCGAGGACGGGGGCAGGCGAGGGGGAGGCUGGAGGCGCCGCCUGGAGGGGAGGGGCGGGGAGGGGUGCAGUCGGGGGGAGCUCGACGAGGACGACGUCCAUGGCGUCCGCCGCAGCCGGCGGGGAAGGGGAGGCGGCCGCGUGGGCUGCCUUGUCGCGGAAGUGGGCCGCGAUGUUGGCGUAAUCCAUGGCCAGCACGCACUGCGUGGUGUGCUGGAUCCAGAACUGCGCCCUGUUGAAGAGGUUGGAGGCCUCUGCGAAGUUGGUGUCGUUGAGGGGGCCGAGCUUGAGCGCGAUCCCGAAGAUGUGGAGAAGGAGCUCCCGCGCCGUGGGGGUGGCAGGAGCUGCGGGGGCAGGGGGGGCAGGGGCAGGAGCAGGGGCGGGGGCCGGGGCGUCAUCGGGGUUGCCGCUGGCGAUGAUGGAGGCGGAGGCCGCGAGCAUCAGAAAAACCCUCACUUGCAAAUGAGUGAUAACACCACUAAUCUUAGAGCUAAUACUAGUCUAACGGUGUAA